CUUUCUCCCUCCAGCUAUCCCAUUUUAUGGAGCUCUGGGCCUGGGCCAGCCCAGCUCCCCUGCUGCCUCCCAGCGAUGCUGCUGGUCCUGGUGUGGAGAGACCCUCUGCAGCCCCGCGGAGCCUGAGCGCCGAGGUGGCAGCGGCAGCGGCCCCCCUGUGCACCCCGGCUGACUACUAUGGCCGUGUACUGCUAUGCGCUCAAUAGCUUGGUGAUGAUGAAUAGCAACAGCGAGGUGACAAGCGGUGGGAGCAAGACACCGCCUCCUCCCAGACAAGGGCUGCCCAGGGGCCCGGAGACAGCCGGCAGCUGUCGCUCUCUCCCUGUCUUCAGCUCGGCCCCCGGGCCCCCCAGCUCCCCACGCCGUGGCCCCGCUUUCCUCUUCCCCCCGCUUGAGGAGCCCCCAGGGCAGCCAGGCAGCCCCAGAGGGCGACGAGGCAGCCGAGGUGAAGAGGGGCAGCCAGGACCCACCUCGCCACGGCAGCUUCAGCGGGAGCUGCACAAUGUCCAGGUGAACCAGAAAGUGGGGCUCUUCGAGGCACACAUCCAGGCACACAGCUCUGCCGCCCAGCCACCACGCAGCCCCCGUCCAUCCCGGCCCCGGUCCACCAGCCCCACAGUGCAGGUGGUGGCACUUGGAACUGGACCCCAGCCACAAGCCUACAGGAAGAGUGAGGCCCCCAAUGUUGCUGGGGUGCAGAUCUGUCCAAACACUGCAGACCUGUCAAGGAGUCCAGUGGUAAUGAUAGUUCCAGCUAUGGGGGUGAAGGAGGACAGCACUCCCCGGGAGCCGUCAGAGCCUGCACCACAGCGAGGUGAAGUGGUGGUGGCCCCCACAGACCUUGAGAGGCAGCACCCAGCCGUCAGUGGGAACAUCCCUGCCGUUAUUGUCACGGACCUGGGGGGCCCGGAGGAGGAGGCGGGCGCCGUGCCCCCCGGCAGCCUGCCCGUCCGGAAGCUGUCAUCGUCCUCAGCCUCUUCCACUGGCUUCUCCUCGUCCUGGGAGGAGUCUGAGGAGGACAUCUCCAGCGACCCUGAGCGCACUCUGGACCAGACACCAGCCUUCCUGCAGACCCUGGACCAGCAGAAGCCCCGAGUGAGCAAGUCAUGGAGGAAGAUCAAGAAUAUGGUGCACUGGUCCCCAUUUGUGAUGUCUUUCAAGAAGAAGUACCCUUGGAUCCAGCUAGCAGGACACGCAGGUAGUUUCAAGGCAGCGGCCAACGGCAGGAUCCUGAAGAAGCACUGUGAGUCGGAGCAGCGCUGCCUUGACCGCCUGAUGAACGAUGUCCUGAAGCCCUAUGUCCCUGCCUACCAUGGCGAUGUUGUGAAGGAUGGGGAGAGAUACAACCAGAUGGAAGAUCUUCUGGCUGAGUUUGACUCCCCCUGUGUUAUGGACUGCAAGAUGGGAGUCAGGACAUACUUGGAGGAGGAACUGAUAAAGGCCCGGAAGAAGCCGAGCCUGCGGAAGGACAUGUACCAGAAGAUGAUCGAGGUGGACCCUGACGCCCCCACCGAGGAGGAGAACGUGCUGAGGGCCGUCACCAAGCCCCGCUACAUGCAGUGGAGGGAGACCAUCAGCUCCACUGCCACCCUGGGCUUCAGAAUCGAGGGGAUAAAGAAAGAGGAUGGCACUGUGAACCGGGACUUCAAGAAGACACGGACAAAGGAGCAAGUCAUGGAGGCCUUCAGGGAGUUCACCAGGGGAAACCGCAAUGUUUUGAACAGUUACCUGAACCGGUUGAAGGGUAUCCGUGCUACCCUGGAGACAUCCCCUUUCUUCAAGUGCCAUGAGGUGAUUGGGAGCUCCCUCCUCUUCAUUCACGACAAGAAGGAACAGGCCAAAGUCUGGAUGAUUGACUUUGGCAAAACCACCCCGCUGCCGGAGGGACAGGUUCUCCAGCACAAUGUGCCCUGGGUGGAAGGGAACAGAGAGGAUGGCUACCUCUGGGGGCUGGACAACCUCAUUCAGAUCCUGACAGAGUUGUCUCAGAGCGAAGACUUGCAUUGAAGCCCCACAUCUGACUCUGCCACUACCCUAACCCUGUCCCCGACUGACUCUUCUGAACUGCACUACAAGACACUUUCCAGCCCUUGCCCUUCCCAUUUGAUAGCUCUACUCUCCCUAUUUAAUGCUGUUUUGUUGUGGGUUUUUUAGAUUGUCUUCAUUUGUUGAGUGUUUUUUUUCCCUCCUCUCCAUGUAAAUAGAGAGCUAACGUGCCAGAACAAGCUGAACUUGAAACCUUGGCUUCACAGAGUCACUGGGAACACACAGCUGUGCCAGCCAAGAGCGGCCCAGGGGGGUUGCUUAGGCAAGUUGUGUGCUUUGCCUACCGUGCUUUUGUCUCUUGUGCAGCCUGAUUUGAAGAGGCCUGGUGGAGGAAGGAGCCUCUCCCUGUGCUGGGAUUGGUAUCUUCAGCCUGAAAACACUCAGUGGCCAUGCCCACGACC